UAAGCUUCAGUGCUUCACAUUAUGGCCAUCCAGCCGCCAAGUCGUCACAUAAAAGGACGCGCGAGCACGGCCCAUAUAAAAAAAAUCUUUUUUUUUUUCUUUUUUUCGAUUAAAAAUGGCCAUGGAUCGCAGCCGCCGCUGCCGGGAUUCUCAUGCUUGCAUCGGCGGCGAGGGAGCGAGCCCCGAUAGUUCUUUGUGAUAUGGCUUCCACCUCCGGCUUGCAGCACCGCUGUGUCUUCGUUGGAAACAUACCUUACGAUGCGACCGAAGAACAGCUGAUACAAAUUUGCGAGGAGGUUGGCCCCGUUGUCUCCUUCAGGUUGGUACUUGAUAAGGAAACUGGAAGGCCUAAAGGUUAUGGCUUUUGUGAGUACAAAGAUGAAGAAACAGCUUUGAGUGCUCGUCGCAAUCUCCAAGGCUAUGAGAUAAAUGGACGCCAGCUGAGAGUUGACUUUGCUGAAAAUGACAAAGGAGUUGAUCGAAAUAGGGAACAGGGUCGUGGCGGUCCGGGAUUGACAUCAAGCACUGAUAGCCAGAAAUCAUUAGCUGGUCAACCAUUUGUUGGAGAUGCAACCCUCCGUCAAAUAUUAGUGCUUCCUCAGGCAGCUACAGCUGCCUCUGUUAUGGCCGAAGCAUUAGGUGUACCUCAGAAUAGUAGUCUACCACAAUUCAGAAAUGGUCUUCCCAGUGUUCCUGGUUCUGGAAAUGAUCCUUUGACCAAUUACCUGGCAAGCAUGUCCAGAUACCAGCUGAAUGAAAUUAUGUUGGAGAUGAAGGCCUUGGCUACAAAAAACAGGGCUCAGGCUCAGCAACUACUGCAAGAGAGUCCAAAAUUGACAAAGGCACUUUUUCAGGCAGAAAUUAUGCUUGGUAUGGUAACGCCACAAAUGCUGCAAGUGGCAGGUAACCAGAAAACUUCAAGUGCAGUAGCAACGUCUUCAGUCCAGGAUAAUAAACAGGACCUCAAACCUGUGACAACCUAUCUUGGUCAAGUUGCUUUACAGAGAGAAUCGGCGAUUGAAACAUGUUUGAAACCAUCUGAAGCCCAGGGAAAAAAUGUUUUGCCAAACUCUGCAGUUUUCCAGCAUUCUUCACUUCCCCCUAAAUAUGUACCUCUUCAAUCUUAUCGGCCACCUCUGCCACAAAAUCAAAUUCCAGCACAAGGAACAAUUCCAGGAUUAGCCGAUGUGGCUAUGAACCCAAAUGUCCAAGUUCUACCUUUACCAACUUCCGUAAGUUCUUUACCACAAGUUCAGUCAUCUCUAUUGCACCAUUCCAGACCACUUGGAACUACAAGUAUUGGCCAUCAACAUCAAGGGACCCUGCCAAAUACAAGUCUGCAGCAGUCAUUUUUGCCUCAUCCUUUGACAUCCCAGAUUUCCUCGUUGAAUCAUCCACUGCUAUCAAGCGGGCUGGAGAUGCUUUCGAGGGAAGCUAGGCCAUCUUGGUCCAGCCUAGAUUUAAUUUCUGCAUCAAGAAUCAGCACAGAACCAAGCUCUGUAGGGUUGGUAAAGCAAAAUGAAACGUCAAGUGAAGCGAUGGGGCUAUCUAGUCAUCCUUCAAAACGACCAAGAGUAGAAGGAGCUAUUGCUCAUAAUUUGAUUAGUGGAAACUCUUCUGUGGCUGGCUUCUCCUUAGCUCAGUCUUAUGAUUCUGGCCUAUCAGCUGGAAAACAAAUAUCCAAUGCAGAUGGGCUCCAGCACACACAAAAGCAAAUGCCCCAGCUUUCAGCUGAAGAGGAGACAGCUCUUCUGAAACAGCUGAUGAGUUUGACACCCGAACAGCUUAGCUCAUUGCCUUCAGAGCAACAGCAACAGGUUCUUGAGAUUCAACGCACUCUUCGUUCGAAGCCACUCCUCUAGCUUUUUUUCUACAUUGCUUCACCACCUUUGAUAAUGGCGGACCUCAGCUUGUUUAUUUAUAAGAUUUUGUUGAGGUCUUGAGGGCUUUUUCGCAGAGCAAUUCUUUUUAUUGGGGCUGUUAACAAAAUUCAAAAUUAAAAUUAUUCAAAUUUUGAUAUUUGAUUUUGACCCUAAUUUGAGG